GGCGCCCGGGGCCCGGCGGAGGAUCCGGCUGCCGGUUCCCUGCGCCGCGCCGGAGGGUCUCUUGGCUGGGGCCGGACGGCGCGAUGGGGCCGGCGGCGCUGCAGCUGCUCUCGGCCGCCUGCUUGGCGUUCACCCUCGGCAUGUUCGGGACGGGCCUGUCUGACCUGCGACAGAUGUUUGCGACCCAAAGCGUGGAGAACAUCCAAUUCCUACCUUUUCUCACCACGGACGUCAACAACCUGAGCUGGCUGAGCUAUGGCUUCUUGAAGGGUGACUGGACGCUGAUUCUCGUCAACGCUGUUGGUGCAGCUCUUCAGACCGUAUACAUCCUUGUCUACUUCUAUUUCAGUCCAGAGAAGCGUGGCGUAUUGGUGAAGACCAUGGGCUUGUUGGCCGUGCUGCUGCUGGGCUACUGCUAUUUCAACCUGCUUGUCCCAGAUGUGUCUACGCGCCUUGCCCGCCUGGGGCUCUUCUGCAGCCUCUUCACCAUCACCAUGUACCUCUCGCCGUUGGCUGACUUGGCCAAGAUCAUCAGGACGCGGUCAACGCAAUGCAUCUCCUUCCCUCUGACCGUCACAACGUUCCUGGCCUCAGCCAGCUGGACGUUGUAUGGCCUUCUGCUUCAGGAUCUCUAUAUUGCAAUCCCCAACAUUCCGGGCAUCGCCACCAGUGUCGUUCGGUUCUGGCUUUUUUGGCAUUUCCCUCCGGACCCCAACAGACCUUACAAGUCGCUGCAGGCCUGAGAACCCGGGGACGGUCCGUGAGUGCUGUCGACGCUGGCUAAGAAACAGGAAGAAUGCCAAAAUUCCUUGGAUGGUAUUCCAGCUCUCUGGCGACCCAGAGUCGUGUGCCCGGCACAGCUCGGUCCACCAGCCAUCCCGUUGCCACAAGUGCCUCGUCAGUCAAGCCUCCUCGGUUUGAGAAGUACAUCUAAAAAUGCAGUGCUCCAAAUUAUACCCUACAGGACUGGUAUUGCUCUGCCUGGAUCCGAUCCAGUAGCUCCUGGGGGAAUGGCGUAGGCGUUCAGGGGACCAAGGAAAAUGGAUUCUUUUCCUGUCCAUCUCAGAGAUACGGCAGCUUGGAAAAUGCUGUCUCUUGCCUCUCGCCUCUAUGGCCUGCAUUUCCACCACCGACACAGUGGGAUCCAAUUGUGGCAUUAAUCCUGAAACUGUGCCUUCUUUGGACCAUGCUUUCUCUCCCUCCUCUUCUCCACCUCACCUGUCCCUCUUCUUUCCUCUGUCUCUGGGCCCCAGAAUGUAAGAUGCUGGCCUGAAUUUCUCCUCCCAAAUGAAGGAAGGAGGGGAAACCGAGUGGUGACAUUUCUGCUGGCAGGGAAACUCUUCCCCCAGUUUGUCUCCCACAGCAAUGUGAUUUUUUUUUACCAAGUGCCUUGGAGUAAAUAGAACUGAUUUUA